CGGUAGCUUAGCCUGUUAGAGAGAUGAGCCUACAAAAAUGAUACAUCUGUGAUUUUUCAUCUCGUGCAAAAAUGCAGCAAGGGACCCAUUCAGAUACUUAUGAAAUAAGCUGGAUAUUUCCCUUGGGCAUCUUCGAUCUAGAGCCAUAAGUUGAAUUACAGUGUGAAGAGGCAGGUAACUUCAUAGUCCUCAGAACAAGGAAUCUGUCAGUGAAAGUUCAUGUCAAAGAGCUGUGAGAGAAAUUCAGAUUGGAGAGGAACGUGCAGCCUGGAUGACAGAACAGAUUGAAAAGAGCAGGUACACGCACAGAGGAUGGGGCUGUUCAGGGUAGAAGACUCUUUGAGCUGGAUAACUGUUACUGAUGGAAGAGUGAAACAAGACGGUAAUUAGAGACCUGGCACUGGUACAUCACGACAGCAGCAGUGUUACCAUGGAGACUGGCAAGCCAGGAUUGGCGAGUGCUCCAGUGCACAUCAGCUCUGUUGCAGCACAGACAGAGAAAAGGAUGGACAUCCAGGCCCCGCUGACAGCUGUUUAUGUCCACACAGUGCCAGCUCUAUCAGCACAGCCUUACCCUCAGCUUCCUGCAGCUGCCAUGCCGCCACUCUUCUCCAAGGAGACGCUCUCCUUUCUGACACUCCACAUUGCUAGUGGGCUGCCUUCUACACCGGGACUGAGUCUGGCAACUGCUGCUCCUACAGCCAGACCCAAAUCAGCAGGAAAGCAUGUGUGUCCUCACUGUGGACGGGACUGCAUGAAGCCCAGCGUGCUGGAGAAGCAUCUUCGCUGCCAUACAGGGGAGCGGCCUUACCCCUGCACCACCUGUGGAGUUUCUUUUAAGACUCAGAGCAACCUCUAUAAACAUAAACGUACUCAGGCUCAUGCCCGCCUCUCAUCAGAGUCAGAGCAGAGCAGCCUGGGCAGCUUGGACAGUGUGUCCAGCUCCAGAGAGACUCACAACUCCAGUUUGUCUCUGGACGAGCACAGCGAGGAGUCAGGCAGCGUGGAGAAGGUUGCCACACUACCUGCUGCUGAGAUUACCUGUCCAGCCAAUACUACAAAGGUCUACUCUGUGAAGACACAAGGGUCUGUCAGUGAACAGAAUGAGCUGACCCCUGCAGGUCAUAAGACAGAACCAAAUGAAAGUGCAAAGGUAAUACAAGAAGAAGAAAAACUGAGGGUGGAAAAUGAAAAACCUCCUUUGAUUGUUCGACAUCUUCCCCUUCAGAGGCAAGAGGCCACUCUGUUCUCUAAGCAGUGGGAGAGCUCUGUAUCCAGAGGGAAGUCGCAGAGCCAUGAGAGCACGGACUCCGGCUUCAGUGAGAGCAGUGACCACUACCUGAGCCCUGGCAGUGUUUUACCUGACCACAGUAUGGAUUCCCUCACCGAAUCCAACAAAGAGCAUCUUGACGAAACCACCAACACACGCACAUCUUCAGAACCAGGCCAAGGUGUGCAGGAGCCCAAAGGUGCAAGAGAGCAGGAGCAGAAGACGCUGGAGGAGCGCAUAUCUAAGCUCAUUUCUGAGAAUACAGCUGUUGUGGAGGACAAACAGCUGGAGAAUGUAAGGCCACGGAAGACAGUUCUGUCAAAGCAGGGUAGCAUUGACCUCCCCAUGCCAUACACGUACAAGGACUCCUUUCACUUUGACAUGAGGCUCAGUAAGACUCCAAACUUUGGGUUACAAAGAAACAGGAAGCCUGGGUUGUACAGCUCUGUGCCCACUCAACACUCCAUCACCACAGAGCAUGCCCCCUUAACCCGCAGCAACUCCCUCCCCUUCAGUGUUACCCUUCUGCAGCCGGAGGGGAGCAACCCAACCUCCUCCUAUCAGAGCGAUUAUGUAACACUCAUUCGCAGAGGAAGUUCUGGCCAGAUCAAUCCAACAGGUUUUGCCAUCAAGCCUGUGAACCAGCAGUCAUCCACCCACCGGCCACUAGUCCGCCAGACAGCUGUAGACUGCAACCACGCAACAGACGGUCUCUUCAUGAAUUCAUCCGUGGAGGAGGCAUGCACCACCAGCGGUCUCAGUUGUGACGGGGAUGGCGGUGACAUUUGUGGAGAGCCAAGCAACAGAAAGUUCCGGAGGAAGAAAGCACAGAAGUUCGCCUAUAACAAGUGGUACAUGUACGGGGGCGGGACGUUUAAGAAGCUCUACAAAGCUGAGAAAGGUGUUGAUAACAGUGUUAUCAAAGGCAAGAAAUGUAUCAACCCAGAGCAUGAGGUUGUUCAGGGUCCACAAAAAAGGUUGUCAGCGAUUCAUAAGGAGACGGUAACAACAACAGGCUCAACAGUCAACAUGGCGACCAGCAGUGUGACAGUGUGCCAUCCAGGCUGCCCUCCUGCCAAGCUAUCCCUCGUCUCUGCUGUGGAUCUAGGAACUAACCAGCUUCAGUCAUCACACAGCUCUCUCAAGACUCCCCUGCGGAGGAAUUUGUCGUCAGUGCUGCCGUUACCUUCAACUGGAUUACUGGUUAGCCACAAAACAGACAGCAUGAGCAGCACAGAGGCAGGGAGAUUGAUUCAUGAAGAGCAACACCCUGAGUCCACCUCGCAGCUCUGCGGAGCCCAUGUUCCCUCCGAUAGGAAAAAGCAGAGAACUGAUGACAAAAUAAUUUGCCCCCUGGAGAUGGAGCCGGACCCAAACACGCUGACACACCCCCCUCCCUCGGUCACUGGCAGUGCGCCUCAGCAAGAUACAAAUCUCAGUUAUAUCAACGUUCAAAACAAUCAAAAACACACUCAGUUCAAAGGAGCUCUCUUCUUGCCAUGCAUAAUCAAUGCAAAUGCGGCGUCUGUUAGCGCCUUGCCAGCCACUUGCAUCCCCUCUGCUGCCAAGACCAGCUUUCUGCCCAAGUACCAGCUCAAGUUACCUAAUGCUGCUGAACCUGAUUCAAAUGCUUCACCGGAUGUUGUGGAUAAACCAACAGGAAGUGAUGGAUGCACUUUCACCUCUGCUCUGUCAUCUUCUCAACCUGAGCAAACCUCACCCUCGGUCACAACUUCAGAUAGGACAUGUGGUGAUCCUCACACCUCACCGCCGAUGCAGACUUGUGAUAUCAAAAAGAUCGUCGCUGUCAAUUCCACACAAGCCCAGCCUCUCUUGUCUUGCAGGGCCACAACCCUGUGUCAAGCCAAAACAUCGAGACUCAGUGAAAAUGUGACAUCUAGUCUACCUGUAGUGCACAGGCAGUUUGCAGCAACCACAAUAACCACAACCUGUCUACAUGAUCAUCAAGCAGGAUUAUGCAGCACCUUGAUACAGCCCCCGAAAUCUGCAGCAGUCUCAGCGCCUAUGCAAUUACCCCGAACUGUUGCACCCGCGGCUGCAAACCACCCUGCUAUACCUACCAUAACCACAGCAAGAAAUCAGACAUCUGCUUCUGCCAUUACAACUUACUCACAAGGACAGCUCAACUCUAACCCCCCUCUGUCACACUCACAACUCCUGCCGCCAUCAGACCAGUUAAACCCUGUAAACAGAGUAUAUGCCAGCCCAAACACCCCAAAUGUACCUUGUCACAUCGUACCCUUCGACCAGGUGCAACCAGCUGCUCAGAAUGUGUUUCAUGUUCAUACAGCAGACCUCCAGAUCUGCCUUCAGAUCAUAUCUGACGAGCAGCUGGCUCUCAUUGAACCGCAGAUUGAGCGGCAAGCAGGUACCAGCCCCCCACAGAGACGUGACAUGGAAGCAUUGCUCCCAGAAGUGAUCCAGAGUAAAGCUCAGAGCUCCGUCACCACGGAAAGUAGCAAUGAGGGAAGGGACCAUCAACAGCUAGGACAUCAAAAGGCCCUGGACCAAAGCGACUCUUUACCCACGCCUAAGAUGGAGAGCAUUAAACCUCCACUGUCUGUCCACUUUGGGAGGGAACAGCCAAAUAUCCACAUGACUGAAUGCAGUAAUUCCAGCCAGGCUACAGUAUCAGCUGAAUCUCAGCCUCCUGAAGCUCCAGGCUUGACGCUACACCCACACAAACACAGUCAUGUAAACACGGCCGCAGAGACUCUGAGCUCUGCGGGCGAUGUUAUGUCAACUGCUGCUUCACUCGAAGGUGUACAGUCAGAAAGAGGCCAGACUUCAGAGGAGGAACAUGCCCUUUCUCUGAACCACGGCGCUGAGGAGCAACUUUUGCCGGACAGGAGAGUGAGCCAUGGUGACCUGGUCUCACAAACGCUCUCUGGCCAACACAAGCUCAGCGUGACCUGUCUCUCUCCCAGCGCAGUGAAUCAGAGCAGCACGAGUAGUGAAUUACUGAGCAAAGAGAGCCAACAAAAACUCCAAAAUCAAGGAGCCUCGUGUAACGCUGGCAUAACAAAAGCCGAGGGUGAGGCCUCUGCUUUCAAAAACAGCAGGUUAGAGAGUGGGGAGACCCACCCCUCUUUGUUCAGUAAGGCCUCCGGUGGUGAAUGUGCUGAUGAACUCAAUGGGUCAGUUUCUCCAAAACAGCUGGACCCACAAGUAUCCAUCUGUUAUCCCUCAGGACCAACAUUAACAAACACUCUGAGUCCAUCUGAACAUGAAAACAGGGGCUGUGACAGGGUGGGACCUUUGGACAGUCCUGACCCUUUGCGUAGAACGACUCUCAGUGAAUCACAGGAUGUAAUCAGCUCAGCUCACUCAGAAAAACAACCGGAUCAGUUUACCCCCGUGUCCUCUGACAUCCAGGUGGAAAGAGCCAAAGACCUCCCAGCUGUGCUUACAAACACUCAGAACUCUACCCCAGGGCUCGUGGAGGGAGCCUCCCUGGCGGGAUGUGCAACAGAGAAGGAGCCGCAGACAUGGGGACAUACAGGUGCCCCCGGACAGUCGGACAGCACAGGCUGGGUGCCGAAGCAGAGCCAAGACACUGGAGUGACAAACCACCAAAGAAUGGAUGGACAGCGUGGUGGAGAGGUGAUGAUAAAGGAUAAGAAUGGAGGAAUGAAGACAGACCAGGUACCCGGACAGUGGGGCAACGCCGACUCUAACAGCAGAUACACGGUCGUACCAGACAUUACAAAGCCAGAGGGACAAGACAGACUGGUCAGGGCGGAUUCCUUUAAGAACUCGUGGCUAUCUGAGCAGCAUCUUCAGCAUCUUUCCCAGACGCACCCAGGAAUGUCUGAGUACCCUCCACAGAGCCCUCAGCGAGCUCCCAGCAUGUCAGAUAACGUUAGUUCACCGGGCGGCAGCAGUCAGACCAACCCUUUCAACUCUCCACAAGCCCCGCUGGAAAUGAACAACUUUUAUUUCUCACAACAACACUGGGAAAGCAGCAUUAUUCAUAACCAACAAACUCUGUUUACAUGUGAAUCAAAUUCAAGUCAACUUAUGAAAACACAGGCCCAGUUAACAGAAACACAAAAUGCUUUAACAAGAAUUGAUCCUCAGCAAACUACAUUUUCACACCAAGACCAAAAGCAAGACCAAAAGCAGACCCUCAGUGCUCAGCAAGGAAACAUAGCUGCAGGUAACAACAGCACAGCAGUGAGCUGUUGUACUAAGUCCACAUUAGGUAGUCACAAAGGCCCAAAUCUCUCGCCUGAUGUCAAAACUUUAUCAGACGCACACCACCGCCAGGUUUCUCAUUCUCUACAAGUCAGUAGAGCUACUGCUGGAUGGGCGGGAAUCACCCACAACAUGCUGGAUAAUAAUACUGGGCUGCCAUCAAAGCCCUUUACACACUCAGAACCAGAGCAGGACACCACGGAUCAUGCACCAAAUGAUUACACAAUGCAGAGCAGUAACUCUGGGAGACCUGACAUUACCAACAAAUACCAGCCUUUUUUCCUGGCUGGUCAGCUUCAUGGCUACCAGCCAGCCGAGUGUCUGACUGGUGAAGUGAGGCCUGUGCAAAGCUGCCAGGACUACUCAGAAGACACCAGCAGCAGUGACGAUGAAGGGAAGCUUAUCAUCGAGCUUUAGGGGAAAUGUGAACAUACACAGAUGCCAUUUUAAAUUUUAUUUACUGUAUAUUUUUCAUAGGCAAAAUUGCUCUUGGGGCAGAAAUAAUAUCAUUGGCUGAGUUGAUUCAAUGGACGGAGCUGAGGAACCACGUGUGUAAACUCAAAAUAACUGUAAAAUAACCUAGUUCUAGCCUAUGUCUGCCUAUGGUCAAAUCCUGAUUUUAUAACUGUCACCUGUCAUCUGACAAAAUCACCAAACACAUCAAUGAAAGACAAAAACUGAGCUGUGAUUUCAGCUGGAUUUACUGUAACAUGAUCAGAGAGAAAGUUACAAGAGACAGACUAAUAGAGAGAGAGAGGGAGAAAGAAAGAGAGAGAGAGGAUGAUGCAGCAAAGGGCCACAGGCCGGACUCAAAGCCAGGACCAAAGAACAUGUUCUCCACCAGGUGAACCACCGGGGCCAGAGACAGACGAUCUUUCUUAUUCAGUCUCUCACACAGAGCACAGCCUCCAUCUGGAUCCACAAUAGUUUAUUCUUUAUUUACUUCAGCUCCAGAACAUAACAGACUUUAAUUAGAGGCAGGUCUUUAUGUCUAACUCCCUCCGUUUGAUAUAGUUGGUCAUAGUCGUUAGUACGAAGCCUCAUUACCGAUGACUUCUCUCUCUCUCUCCCUCUCUCCUGCUCUCUCUGCUGUGUGUGUCUUAUGUUUAGUUAUUCCUCUGCCUCCUUUAGUAAUAAUGAUACAUGGAUUGAAAGUAGUUUAUUUGCAGUAAUGGUGGAGAGGCUCAGUGUAUUGGAAGUGCUCCUCCUCUUCCCUGCAGUUCCCGAGCAGCUGGUAAACCAGAGCUGCUCAGUAGACUGCGCAUAAAAAGAGGUGUAGUCCUAAGCCCCUGGUCAGCAUCUAUACACAGUCCAGACCUGAACCAGGUUUGUACCCAGUCUGGUUGAAAACAAGUCUCUAAAUCUAGAGACAAUGAGCUAAGUUGGCAACACUGCAGCUGUAAACACCCACUAAUAAAACCUGUUUGAUCCAACUCAGUGACAUAGCACUCCGCUGACCAGUGUCGGAAAUAUGAUCAGUCAGUCAGUCAGUAACAUUCCAGAUUAUAGGCCUGGCUCGCUGUUGUGAUCCAGCCAAAAAUUAAAUCAAUGACCUCUUUAUAUUUCCCAUUUCAAAUGCAUUAUUUGUAACAAUACCAAUGAGAUUACUUCUACCCCUAGGAAAUAUGUGACUUCCGUUCUGCUCAGACAUGCCGGCACACACAUUAUUUGCCAUAAUUUGUGUCUGCCUUCCCACAUUCACUCUCUCAUAAAUUGUAGCCUCUAACACUAUCUUAACCUUCCCUGACAACACCUGUGUGUGUGAAUCACAUACACAUGCUGCCAAAUACCCCAUCAAAUUGAUCUCUGCUGCCAAUUAGAUCACCCAGGCACUGACUGGAGGGGCAUGACCCUUUCCAAGUCUGGAUUUUGUAAUGAGUCAGCAGCUAUGAUAAAGUGCCCGGAGCUCACAGGAACAGGAAGUGGGCGGAUGUGAACAUUUCUGUACAUAGAUCCACAGCUAUAGCUCACACUAACUUGCUUGUCAAUCCUCAGCCCAUUAGUGGUCAUAAAAUGUUUUGGUCUUGACAGGUGUAUGUGUGCAGUAGUGCUGAAUUAGCUUUAUCUGCAGUGAAUCUGUUCAGGCCUGUUUGUUUUGGUUAUUCGACACAGAGGAAAGCCUAGGGCACAGACAUGUGCAGCUGUUUACAGUUACAAGCUGAUUUAUUAUUAUGUUACAAAUAUUUGAGGUUUUCCUUUUUCAUGUUCUGAUUUUAUAUUCUUGUUACAGAUUGUAUGUGAGCAAAACUGACUAAACAAAUGAAUUCAUCUCAAAUUUAUUGCACAUCAUAUUGUGUUUUUCAACAAUUUUAACAAAAGAAGAGGCCAAUUAAACUGUUCUCAAAACAA